CUCCACAGCCCUAGCCCAAACUCUACCAUUCUCCAUAGCCCGGAGUUACAAGCACACUGAGGAAAGAAAAUAGCACGGAAGUGAGAGGAAGAGAGAGAAGAGAGAGAGACAGAGAGAGAGAGACAGAGAGAGAGAGAGACAAGUAACUUACAAAACAAGAAAAUUAUAAAGCGAGUUUUCAAGCCUCGAGAAAGACUGAGAGUACACGAAUACGUCAAAGUUUAGUUUGAAAAAAGCGUGGUGGAAAACUUUUGGGCUGUGGCAGAAAGUUGUGGACCGCGGAGGAUGCCAGAGCAAAUGUGUUGAAAGUACCAGGAAAGAACAAGUGCUGACACGGUCCACACUAGGGGACAGGUGAAGAAGCAACACAUUUAGAGAUGGCUGACGAGCAGGACACAAGGGAAGUGCUUUUCCCACAGUGGAUGGGCGCUGAUAAGCAUGGGCUAACCAUAGAACAAAAAGGUCAAGGAGAGAUUUUUGUCAAAGAGGUGAAAGAAGAGUCCCCUGCUGCUCAUACUGGGAAAGUAUAUGAAGGUGACCAAAUUGUUGGAGCCACCAUUUACUUUGACAACAUGAGCUCAGAAGAAACAGCUGAGCUACUGAAGACUCUAAACCGACAUAAGGUUGGACUAAAAUUGCAAAACAAGACUGGAGACAAGUCACCUUGCCGCUCUCCAAUGGGGACAUUGUCAUGGGAAGGACGUGGAGGGUUAGGAGGCUCUAGUUCAGACAUUCUCCUGAGUGGAGAUGACGAAGACUACAAAAGAAUCUACACUAAGAAGAUUAAACCAAGACUGAAGUCUGAGGAUCUUGCUGAGGGUGUUGAUGUGCGCACAGAACGCCAUAGCAGCACAAGCAGUGAUGGUUGCACCGUUACUACAAUCACUCGGAGAAUAACUACCUACACUGUGGACAUGCCGGGGGGGACUAGUCAGCAGAUUGAUUACUCAAGCCCUGAGUUCAAAAUGCAGGUCUUGCAGCAUGAGCAGUCGGAGGGGGAUUCUUCUCAAAUCAGAUUACCACAUAGUAGCCAUGUUAGCAGUGCACACGGAGGUAUAAAAAUGGGCGACAUAUCUCUUGGUGGGCCCCAUAUCACUGGCUCCUCUGUGAAGCACUGUAGCACAGGAUCUAUCACAACAACAAGUGAAUUAGAUGGUAGUGGGAGAGAGAUUACAAUUAAUGUGUCAGACACUGGACUGUCAAGGGGAAAAGAACAGAGGGUGAUAGAAUGUUUUGGAAGGACUGAAACUUCUACAGGCGGGAGUGAUCUCUCUGGCAAAGUAACCAUGGGGUUAGACAAAGAUGUGGGAAAUGUUUCUUCUCCAAUGGAAGCUGGUUUUAAAGCAUCAAGUAAGAUAAAAGAAACUGGGUUUGCUACAGUUAAGGGCCCUGUUCUGGACACUCGUGUUUCAGGGUUUUCCAUUAGUGGAGAUACAGGGGGCAGUAUUGGCAAGGAAUCUUUGUCUGAAGCGCUUAAAGAUGGGCCUGAUGAUAAAACCAAAUUGUCUAAAUUUACCAUAGAUGUUCAAAGGCCCAAGGUAAAUAUUAAACAUCCUAAAGCUGAAAUCAGCCAGGUUGAAACUAGUGGAUCAGUUGUUCAUGCAGAGGAAAUUGGUGGUGAACUCAUGAUACCCCAUGUGAAAGAUCCAAAAUUUGGAACUAAACAGUUUACUGUAGAAGGUCCUAAUGUAGAAGUGAUUUAUAACAAUCAAAAUCUUAAAGAUGUUAGUCAAAGAGGUUUUAGCAUAACUGGCAAUCAGGAUCUGUCAGCUCCAUUGUUUAGAGUGAAAGGCACUAAUUUGGAGGGCUCCAAUUUGGGUACUGAUGUAAAACUGCCAUCAUUUGGACUUGAAGGUCCAAAGUUUCAUGUACCUGAUACAGUAGAAAGUCUCCCCGAAGCUAAUGUUAAAGUCACACAAUCAGACAUCAGGGGUCCAGAGCUUCACACCGAAGGACAUGAGAUUAAAGUCAAAGAUGCAAAAUUUAAUGUGCCAUCAAUCUCUGGUCAGGGAACUUAUAUGCCACAUAUGGACUUAAACCUGAAAGGACAAAAAGUGAAAGGAGAUGUUAAUGUGUCCAUUCCAAAAGUUGAAGGGAAUGUUACGUCACCAAAAGUUGAAAUUAAAGAAUCAGAUCUUGAGGGUGAUAAGGGUGAAUUUACUGUUUCAAAGGUAAAAAUGCCCUCAUUUGGAAUUAAAUUUUCAGAAGAGAAGGGUGUGGAUAUCAAGAAUCCAGAGUUUAACAUUGAGGGAUCUGAUGGAAAAGUUAAAGACAGCAGUGUCAAGAUAACAUCAAUCUCUGGUCCAAAGAUUACUGUACCUGAUGUGGACUUAAACUUGAAAGGGCCAACACUGAAAGGUGAUGUCAACGUGUCCACUCCAAAACUGAAAGGAGAUAUUACAACACCGAAAGUUGAAGUUGAAGGCCCUGGCAUUGAGGAUUUUGAGGGUGGUUUUAAGCUACCAAAAAUCAAGAUGCCCUCCUUUGGAAUCAAAGGUCCAAAAGUAGAGGCCCCAGAUGUUGACAUCAAUCUUCCUAAAGCAGAUAUGGAAAUUAAAGCUACAGAUGUGGAUAUCAAGGUCCCAGAGCUUGACAAUGAGGGACCUGAUGGAAAAAUCAAGGGCUCCAAAUUCAAGAUGCCAUCAGUCUCCGGUCCAAAGAUUGCUAUGCCAGAUGUGGACUUAAGCCUGAAGGGUCCAAAGCUUAAAGGUGAUGUUGACGUGUCUGUUCCAAAAGUGGAAGGAGAUAUUAAAGCACCAAAAGUAGAAAUUGAAGGCCCAGACCUUGAGGGUCCUGAGGGUGGUUUUAAGAUGCCAAAGAUCAAAAUGCCAUCAUUCGGAAUCAAGGGAACAAAAAUGGAGAGUCCAGAUGUUGAUGUUAAACUCCAUAAAGCCGAUAUUGAGGUUAAGGCACCAGAUGUGGAUAUUAAAGCCCCAGAACUGGACAUUGAAGGACCUGAGGGAAAGAUCAAGGGCUCCAAAUUCAAGAUGCCAUCAAUCUCCAGUCCAAAGAUUUCUAUGCCAGAUGUUGACUUCAACCUGAAAGGUCCAAAACUGAAAGGAGAUGUUGAUGUAUCCGUUCCAAAAGUUAAAGGAGACAUUAAAGCACCAGAAGUAGAUAUCAAGGGCCCUGAGCUUGACAUUGAGGGACCUGAAGGAAAAAUCAAGGGCCCCAAAUUAAAGAUGCCAGCUAUCUCUGGCCCAAAGAUUUCUAUGCCAGAUGUUGACUUCAACCUGAAAGGACCAAAACUGAAAGGUGAUGUUGAUGUGUCCAUUCCAAAAGUGGAAGGAGAUAUUAAAGCACCAAAAGUUGAAAUUGAAGGCCCAGACCUUGAGGGUCCUGAGGGUGGUUUUAAGAUGCCAAAGAUCAAAAUACCAUCGUUUGGAUUUAAAGGUCCUAAAAUGGAGGGCCCAGAUGUUGACAUCAAUCUCCCAAAAGCAGAUGUUGAUGUUAAAGGACCUGAAAUUGACAUCAAAGCACCUGAUCUUGACAUUGAGGGACCUGAGGGAAAAAUCAAGGGCCCCAAAUUAAAGAUGCCUACCAUAUCUGGUCCAAAGAUCUCUAUGCCAGAUGUUGACUUCAACCUGAAAGGUCCCAAACUCAAAGGUGAUGUUGAUGUGUCCGUUCCAAAAGUGGAAGGAGAUAUUAAAGCACCAAAAGUGGAAAUUGAAGGCCCAGACCUUGAGGGCCCUGAGGGUGGUUUUAAGAUGCCAAAGAUCAAAAUGCCAUCAUUUGGACUUAAAGGUCCAAAAGUAGAGGGUCCAGAUGUUGAUGUGAAAAUUCCUAAAGCCGAUGUUAAGGUUAAGGCACCAGAUGUGGAUAUUAAAGCUCCAGAGCUUGACAUCGAAGGACCUGAGGGAAAACUCAAGGGCUCCAAAUUCAAGAUGCCAUCUGUCUCUGGUCCAAAGAUUUCUAUGCCAGAUGUUGACUUCAACCUGAAAGGUCCAAAACUGAAAGGUGAUGUUGAUGUGUCUGUGCCUAAAAUGGAAGGAGAUAUUAAAGGCACCGAAAGUUGAAAUUGAA